AUGUUAUACGACCAAGAAAUCGGUCGAUGGCUGGGCAGCAGCAUCAUGAGGCAGCAGAGUCAAUAUCACGCGAACCUGCAGGAUCUGCGGGCUGAUCAGGCCUGUGAGUUCUUGCUGGAGGAUCCAGGCUUUAUCAACUGGUAUCGCAGCCCAACCUCCGAACACCUGGUGCUUCUCGGUGAAAUGGGCAGCGGGAAGACCGUCGCCAUGGGAUUCCUUGUCGACGAGCUGAGGCGAAGGAGUGGGCAACAGCUUCCUCAGGCCAAGGUGUGCUUUUACUACUGUCAAAACGCAGGUCCCGAUCAAACCGCUCAGAUCCUCUCUUGUCUCAUUCUAUCCCUACUUGAGCAACUUCCCGGCUUGAGGAAGACGUUCUAUGAAUGGUACAAGCAAGCUCAGGCUUCCGGGCAUUUCGAACCGGCUACGGACACCAACAAACUGCGAGAGUUUCUACAAAAGCUCCUAGACGCAAUCGAUCGCCAGGUCUUCUUCGCCAUUGAUGGCCUCGAUGAGUGUGACCGGCCCUCCAGAGGCGUUGUACUCGAAUACCUGGAAGCCUUAUCGCAAAAGAUGCCGAGGCUGAAAGUCUUGCUAUCCUUCCGCCCCCAAGAAGGGAUCAUGGGCCAGGUCAAGGGAAUGCCCAAGAUCACUCUCGGGUGCAACGACAAGCGAGAUAGCCUUAUCGUCAGGAAGGCAGUCGAGACGCAGCUAUCCUAUCUACCCAAAGACGUCGAAGCACUUGUCAUUGAGAGAGUGUCUCAUCUGGCUCAAGGGAGUGCCAUAUGGACCAAGAUGGUGAUCGAACUCAUCCAAACCCGUGGAAUCAUGGCGCUUGGCCCGAUGCGACUCUUUCUGGGACAAGUCCCAUUACCAACCCAGCUCUCAGAACUCUAUUCUGUGCUGCUGUCGCGACACACUUCCAACGACUCCGACAAUGAGCGUCAUGCCAACAUGGCAUUAGCAAUUCUUGCGAUUGCCCGUCGACCGCUUAGCAUACUAGAACUUGCUUGGGCAGUUGCUAUGGGGACCGCUCCGCCAGAGGUGACCACCGUGGCUGCUCUCAGUGAUUUGGUAGACCACCAAAGGCUGAUGAGCUUCAUUCACCCAUUCGUUGGCCGGUUGGAUUUCAGCGACUUAAAGAAGCGUCAAGUUCGCCUCAUCCACCAGUCUGUGAAGGCGUUUAUCUUGGAGCACAGGGCGGAUCAGCUGCAAAGCCCAGUUACCUCAGCAUCAACCGAUGGAGUGACUCUGCAACAGCGCACCGAGAGUCUGGAAGGGCUUCUUCUUGAGAUUUGUGUCAACUAUCUCCAACUCGGCGAAAUUGGAACCACUGAGAUAUUUCCCGAAGAGCAAGUGGCCAUGGAGGCGCUGCCACGGGAUGUCGAUCUGUUCAGCGACGAUGCCCUGCUGGCUGAUUACAAGCCAGGCUGUUCAUGGGAAGACUGGGAGCGAGGCAUGGUCCGCUAUGACCCUGUUGACCGUGGUUUUGGGGAGUUCUUUGUUUACGCAUCAUGUUAUUGGAUGGAUCACUUCUCCGCUGUCACGAACCAUCCUCUUCCAAGCUUGACCAGCAUAGAGAACCUAUGCCGAGCAGGCUCAACGCGGCUUGAUAACUGGGUUCAGCAGAAUUGCCGCCCGGAUUGCGCAAUCCAGCCGAGGUUUGAAUUCGACAGCAGUCUAUACGACCCCCUCAGUAUCACCUCACUAUACGGCUCGGAAGACAUGCUUCGUGGAAUGCUUGAGAAUUCCGACUUUGACAAGGACAAGUUUCUCCCCAACCCAUUGAUCGGGGCAGCCAGUCAGAUUCUUCAAUGGGGUGAUUUUGCCCGGGUCAAGAUACUUCUCGAAAGCAAACAUGGCCACCAGCUUCAGAACCUUGAUUUCUUUCGACUCAUUAUCAAACGAUGGUCUGCUUUCUCCACACAGUUCAAAGACUGGGACCAAGUGUUUGACCACGUUGACUUCGUGCUGGAUAUCUCGGUUCGAGAGCGGUGGGCUGUGGAACUGCUAUGUGUAGCAUCUGGUGCAGGGUGUAAGCCCCUCGUGCGGCGGUUGGUAACAAGAGCUCAGCACAAUACGGAGUUGAAGAAGGAACUGAUGCGGGGACUUUCGUUGCAAUGA